GUAUCAUCUAGAUGCAUCUGUCCGACCACCAUGCAGUGUUCUUGGAAGUCUGUGGUACUUCUAGCAUUAGCAUCCAUAGCCAUCCAGUACACAGCCAUUCGCACCUUCUCUGCCAAGCCCUUCAGCUUGCUAUGUUCCCAGGCCCCGGGUCCUGCCUUGGAAACCAGCGGCCCUGCGGUGAACUGUGGGCUAGGGGCCCUACCGGGGCCAGGGCAGGAGACGCCCGAGGGCUUUGAUCGUGGCUGCGAUGAGCUUCUCUCCGCCUCCUCCUCCACGUUGUCUCUGCCCUCCUACAAUGACAGCAGGAGGACCCAUGUCCUGAUUUUGGCCACUACAAGGAGUGGGUCCUCUUUUUUGGGCCAGCUGUUUAACCAGCACCCUGAGGUCUUCUACUUGUUUGAACCCUUAUACCAUGUCCAGUCAGCUCUUCUACCUCGACUGGCCCAAAGUCGUAACCCAGCAGAGAGGAGGGUGAUGCUGGGAGCAGCCAGAGACCUACUGAGGUCGCUCUACCACUGUCACCUCAACAGCCUGGAGAGCUACAUACGACCCCGUCCCACCCAGCACUCCACUGACAAGCUGUUCAGGAGAGGAGCUAGCAGAGCUUUGUGCUCCCCUCCGGUGUGUGAAGCCUCCCUUGGCCCUGUAGAGCGAGGCCUGGUGCUUGGGGAUGAGGGGGAGUGUGUGAGGAGGUGUGGGGCCCUCAAUGUGUCGCUAGCUGCAGAGGUGUGCAGGGACAAACGGCACGCAGCCAUCAAGACGGUUCGAAUCCCACAUGUUGGAGACCUGAGAGCACUAGUGGAGGAUCCAAGACUUAACCUGAAGGUUGUACAGCUGGUCCGGGACCCACGUGGUAUCCUGGCAUCUCGCAUAGAGACAUUUAGAGACACCUAUCGGCUGUGGCGUCUGUGGAGGGCUACUGGCCAUCGUCCCUAUAACCUAGACCUGGGACAGAUCAACACAGUCUGCGAAGACUUCCUAAGCUCUGUGUCUACCGGCCUUGCGAGACCAGCCUGGCUUAGAGGGAAGUACAUGCUGCUCAGAUAUGAGGACUUAGCUAGAUCUCCCCUCCAGAGGGCCAGGGAGUUGUACAACUUCCUGGGCCUAUCCCUUGACCACAGCGUUGAGGAAUGGAUCCUCAACAACACCCGGGGCAGCAGCGAGCUAUCGUCCAGGCAGAAGUACGGCACCAUCCGCAAUUCAGCGGCCAACGCAGAGAACUGGAGGCAGAAGCUGUCUUUCGACAUGGUGAUGUACACACAGACAUUCUGCCAGCCCCUACUCGAGCUUCUGGGGUACAAGACAGUCUCGCAUGCUGGAGAACUGAGGAACCUUUCAUACUCACUUGUAGAGGACAGGACGUUCCUACCAUCUUUGUAA